CAAAGCGUCUGGUGAGCCAAUCGUCAAAAUUGAAAAAAAUGAUUCUGAGGAUUCGGGAAUUGAUGAUCCUAUUAAUAUACAAGAUGAUAAUAAUAGUCCAAAAAUUAAUGACAGUCCAAUUAACCAACUGAAUGUCGUUGAUGUUAUAGAAUUGAUUAGUGAAGAUGAAGACGAUUGUUUAAAAAUUGUUGAAAUUCAAGAUGAUGAAACUCCUGAUGUCACUUCUUCAGUGAGACAACUGUCAAAUUUAGAGGAUCAUGAUUCACAAAGUCAAAAUAAUACAAUACUUUUUAAUAAUGAAAAAACAUUAAUGGAGGAUCGUCCUAGUUUAACAGAAGGGAUAAUAAAUAGUAAUAAAAGUGAUGAGAGUCAAAGUUUAGUGCAACAAAAUUCGGUAGAUUCGGCUUCAGCUGAUAAUCCACGAGACAUGUGUGAGAAAAAUGAAGCUGAUUGUCAGAAAAAAAUGACUAACAGUAGUAAUAUUCUUCCAAGUUUGAUUAUUAGAAGUCAAAAAACAGAUUGUAGUAACGAAGAUGAAACGAAUAAGAGUUUGAUGAUGAUUGAAAAUAAAAAAUCGAGUAUUAUUCAACAUCAGGUAUCGAACACAACUGUUACUACAACUCAAAAAAAUCAAUUUUAUAUUAUUAGUAAUCCUUACAUUAAACCAAUUCAAUCUGGAUCUUCGGAGUCUACAAAUAAAUGUUCUCAAAGUACAGAUAUAUUGAAGCGUGUAACUCCUACAAAAAAUACGCCUAAAAAAAAAACUUUACCAAAAAUAGUAAUUGAAAAUGUAGAUUCAAAUUCACAAAACAUACCACCAAAAUUAUUAUUAUACAACCCACAUAAUAGAAUUGCUAUUCCUAUCAAUGGUAUUGCUUCUUCUACACCAGUUGCUCGGGAAAAAAAAUCAGAAGGAGCCUCGCUGAAAAAUAAUCAUAGUAAUGUUUUGGAGUCUAAUAAAAGAAGUAACAAUUCUGUUAUUCAAGAGUCAGCUUCUAAAAAAAAUAAAAAUAUUGUUGAUAAAGUCACAGAGGAUCCUUCGGCGAAAAUUCAGGUCGAAAAUUGUAAAGAAAAUUCUAAUUUAACAGAAAUAAGUCAUGCAACAAUUGAUACAUCGUCUAGUGAUAAAACUGCAGCGUUAAAUGCUACAGUAAAUAGUUCCACAAAAGAAGGAAAUACCACUAUUGGGUCUACCAGUUCUAACUCGUCUCACACUACUGUUUCUGAGUCUGGAAAUUCACGUAGUACACAAACCAUUUCCUUCAACAAAAAAAAUAAUGAAAAUAAUACAAGUUCUAUUUCUGCGCCUACUCCUAACUUUCAAAAAACCAUUCCUGUACCUGAAAAAUCAAAUACAAUACUGAUGUCUUCAAUAGGAGUGCAAACUGACUCGGAUAAAAAUUCAGUAGCUAAGAACCUUAAACGAAAAGCGACAGAUGAUAUCUCACAGGAUGCAACUGCUUCUUGUUCUUAUAAUCAAGGAGCACCUCCAGCAAAAAAACAAAAAAUUCAGUCAUCUGAAGAAGUUUCAGAUGUAAUCAUACAUCUUGAUGGAAAAUCAGCAAAUAGAAUUGAAAUAUCGAAUGAACUAUUGAAAAAUGGGCAAGAACGACAAAUUGUAAGCCAAUUUUUUGAAAAAAUUAGUUCCGUUGUAAUUGUACAACCACCAUCAACUACGCAAUCUAUAGUAAAAAUUAUAAAUAAAUCGCUGCGUAGUACUAAUGUGAAUUCUGCGACUAAUGAGACAUUAAGAACCGAUGGUGACAAUAAUAUUUCGAGUAAUAAUGAAACAUUGCUCAAUAAAGAUUCGAGGCAAGAAAAUUCGAAAAAUCAGGAGGCAGCUUCAAGUAAUGAACCAGUAAAUAGUAAUGAAAAGCCAACUAAUAAUGAUUCAAAUGUCAAUGAGAGAUCUAUGAAUGAAAAUUUAAAUAAUACUCAGACAUUGAAUAAAUCGAUUAUCAAUGAAAAAUCAAAUGAUAAGUCGCACCCAACAAAGGAAAAUUCAAAUAACACCAACUUGAAUGCAAAUAUAAAAAUUCAAAGAAAUGAACCAGUUGCUUCAACUUCUACUGCGCCUGUAGAAACUCCAACUGUAAAUCAAAAUGUUAAGUCGGAAAAUAAUUUUGGUAGUUCUUUUUCGCCUUCUGGUUUUGUACAAUAUGGUACUCGCUUAUUAAAUAAGACUGACAAGAUAUGUUUUACUGGUGAAAUGGAUGAAAAACGUCAAAUUGCAAUAGAAAAAUUAGGUGGGCAAAUUACUAAUGAUCCAACAGAUGCGACUGUUUUAGUGGCUGAUAAAUUUCGAAGGACAUUUAAAUUUAUUUGUGCGAUUUGUCGCUCAAUUCCCAUCGUUUCAACUCAAUGGAUAAAUGAAAGUAUUACCAAAAAUAAUUUUGUUAAUCCUUAUAAAUAUAUAUUAAAAGACGAAGUAGCUGAAAAAACUUAUGGCUUUAAUUUAGAAGAAAGCCUUAUGAAAGCAAAGAAAAAACAGCUUUUUCAGGAUUAUACAGUUCUCAUUACAAAUGGCGUUAAUCGCCCGAGUGUAAACGAACUCAGAACUAUAGUUAAAUUUGCUGGAGGUAGACCCUUAGUUCGUGCUCCAAAAUACUGGGGACCAAAAUCUAUGAUAAUAAGCUGUGAAGAUGAUGCACCAAAGGUUCGGAAAAUACUAGAAAAAAAACCACAAGAGAUUUUGUGCCCUGUGGUGUCGGCAGAUUUCAUUCUAUCUUCUUUAUUGAAGCAAGACUUGGAGAUUAAUACUAGUAAUCUUAAAGUAGAAAAAAAAUAACAAAUAUUAUUUAUU